AUGGAGAAUGAUCCGAAGCCUCUUUUGCUAUCGAUAGAGACGACGCCGUUCUUUCCUCACCUGUUCUGGUGCUGCAGAGAAGCAAACGGCCGUCAGCAGCAUCGCCUGAUAGCAGAUUUGAGGUCGAUAGCGCCAAAGCGUGGGCGAACAUUCCGUGGUGUUAUUGUUUCGACUGUGCAGCCAGGCUUCAUCGCAUCGCCGACAUCCAUCGACAGCGGCAGCGGCGGUGACGAGUCCGCGCACCAGGCUGCUUCGACCUGUCAGCCACCACAAACUACGAUUGUGGGAUCCGUCCAGGUUCGAAACAGCAUCCGUGAUCAGGCUUUUUGGUGCUGCUGUCAAAAACGAUCGCGGACGCCAGCGCCCAGCGUUUUUCUGGAGCCGCAUCAUGCUACUUUUCAUCGCCGAUCUGUAAGAGGCUUCGAGGACUGGGCCAUGCGAUGCCUCUCAGGACAAGGAAUGCGAUACGUGUUGUGAGCUGAGCGUGGGACAUGGCGAAUCGUCUCCAUGUUCUUGUAGCGCUUGCCAGGUGAGAGUGUG